AUGCCGUCUACAAAUAAAAUUAAAUCAUGCGGACGUCGUAAACGACUACGUUAUUUUGAAUCCACUACAGAUUUAAUAGCACGGAAAUUAAUCACUUAUGGUGAAGAAUUCAAUCAUAAUCAAGUACAUACAUUGUUAUUAUCACUUAAAUCGCGUAAAUCAAUAGCACAUUGUAAACUACGCUGUGAACCAGAUGGGAUACGAUUAAAACGUGCUUCAAAAUUUGGUGCACCACCUCCAAGAAAAUUUUAUCCAUAUAAAGAUAUUGAACGAUAUUAUGUAUUUGAUAAUGAUCCUACAAUACUUAUAUUAGGUUGUGUUGAUCAUGAACAACAUAGUCGUUAUUAUGAUUUUUUUAAAUUACCUGAAUCCCAUUAUAAAGAUAUUACUACACUUAUUAAUAAAGCUAGAAGUCAUUCUGAUUAUAUAUUGAAUGAAGAUGAUACAACUUUACCAACACCAGGUGUAUAUUCAUCACAUUCUAGUUUGAAUGUAUCUAAUGAACAACUUUCACAAAAUAAUAUUUCUAUGCAAGAAACUAUAAAUUUAAAUCAGAAUAAUGAAGUACCUAUUGAUAAUUUACAACAAACAAAUAAUGAUAAUAUAACUAAUGCUAGUGUUAAUAAUUUACAAAUAAAUGAUAAUUAUUCAUUAGAGGAGAUUCAACAAAAUAUAGAUGAUACCUUACAAAAACAAUCUAUUGAUAAAGAUGAUGUGAUUAUACAUGAUCAUGAUGAAAAUCAUCAAAAUUUAGAUGAACCUAAAAUGAUUAAAUGUGAAUUUGAACCAGUUGAUGAAUCAAUAGAAAAUAUGGAAAUAAUGGAUUAUACAAAAAUAUCAUCAACAUCAACACAACCUAAUAAUCAGCAAGUGAUUCAACACAAUAAUGAUAAUAAUGAUGAGGAUGAUGAGGAUGAUGAUGAUAAUGAUAAAAAUAGUUUAAAAAUCAAAUUUAAUGAAUUAAAAGAAAAAGAUGAAACAUUUGCAAAAUUAACUGAAAAUAUUAAUGUUAAUGAUUUAUCAGCUGUAGAUUUUCGUUAUGUUUCAACAAAUCCUGAUCAAGGUAAUCGUAUUGUUGAUAAUGGUGAUAUUUAUAUAUUUAUUGCACAUUAUAAAAGACCAGAAAAUUUUAGGAAUUUUAUUGAUUAUAAUAAUUAUAUUGAUGAAAUUGAUACGGAACAACAAAUAACUAAUAAAAUUUAUAAGAAACAUCAUAGUACAGCAGAUAAAUCAUUUUCUUUACGUUACAUUUAA